UGCGAGUGGCUGGUGAGAUAGAGGAACACAUGACGCUGUGGUUCUCUUCACUUCCUGUAACAUUAGGCUCAACAGUAACAGCUACAUGUGAAACAGAAAAACUGCCGACACUAUUUCAGAAGAGUGAGAAAAUGGAUAACUUCUCAAUCCCCUCAUGAAGACUUUUCCCCGCUGAAUGAGAUAGGCUGGAGGCACUGUAACAGCCAGAGGACAGCCAUGGACGCCCUGUCUGUCGGUGGAAUACAGCUCUCCCCGGUGAAACACUUUGACCAGAUAUUGGACCGCAGAGCAGAGAAACGUGAACACCUGCGAGGACGUAACAACGUGACCUCAUGUCGCAGCCCUACGAGAGACUUUGACACGAGAUCGAUAAAGAAGGAACUGAAGGAAAAGAGACAUCUGGAAUUCCUCAGGAGGAGAUCAGUGAGCCCAGAGCCGUGUGCUUUAAGUACGGAAAACUAUUCUUCCAGGAGAAAACCUUCACCAAACACAUUUGCAAUGAAACAUUACUGUUCAAUCAGCAAGUCAGAGGCAUUGCACACACAUAUCCAAAAUACUCCCACCACUAAUGGGAGGCUUCCAAUGAUGAUUUUAACACCAAACAGCAGCAUAGCUGAUGGUCCGAGCACCAGCAACUGGGGAAUAACAUCUUCUCUCACCUCAUUUCCUCAGGCUUCAUUAUGGUCAGAACAGGUAACACUAGCGAGGCAAGAGAAAGGCCAUGCAAGGAAGCAAGCAUCUACCUCUCCACCAGCAAUAAAGGAAUCAAACCAGCACAGGACGAAAAGCACAGAUAAAAGAGAGAACAGUGUUAACGCUCAAAAGACAAGCAUCAAAACAUUCAUCCAAACAGAAAAGAUUCACCAAAGAUUCCCCGUCCAAACUGAAAAUAUUCUCCAAAACAAAAGAAUGCAAGAGACCAGUGUGCAGACUGAGUCUGGACUUGUCAGUGUCAAGGAGUCAGAUCUUCAGAGGCUAACUGACUACUUGCAGGAGGCCCUGUGGAGAGAGGAGGCCAUGAAGAAGAAGCUGGCAGCCCUCCAGGAGAGCACGUCAAACCUCAUGAACUCCUCAACCAAAAUAUGGACGGCUCGCUGCAGUGAGGACCUGCUGAGAAACAAGAUUAAGGCUCUGGAGGCGCAGCUGCAAGUCUGCCUGCAGAAGUUUCCCAAGGAUGGAGUGAAGAAACUGGUGAUACAGAUGGAGAAGCAGAAACUGGUGUAUGAGGAGAGGGCCCUGGUCGCCCUGCAGAAGGUCACACAGGAGAAAACUGAAGCGCUCAGCAAGGCUGAGACAAUGCAGGAAGCGUUAAUGACAGUAAAGGCAGAGGCACUGAGGUGGCAGAGCCUUUGUGAGGAGCUGAAGCUGAGCUCUGGACAGCUCAGGGAGAACCAACACCACAUUAGUGAACAGCUGCAACAGCUGCACAGCCAAGUGGAGCUGUCCAGAGGCAGAGAGGCCGGGCUGCAGGAGGAGGUGGUGUCACUGAGUCAAGAGAAGAAGGAGCUGCAGUACAACUUUUGUCUGCUGGAAGAAGACAGCCAGAUCUUAAGAGAUGAAAUCCAGCUUCUCAGAGAUGGCAGCAAUGAGAGCCAGGACUUGAUGACGCAGGAGUGUGUGGCGUCUGAGGAAGCAGAGUCACGACUGGCGGCGAGGAGAGACUCUCAGGUGGAGGAGCAGCUCCGUCACACUCAGGAGAAACUCCGACUCAAAGAGAGAGAGUGCGAGGAGCUGCAGACAGACCUGCACGCCAUGGAGCAGGAGUGUCAGUCCAGCCAGGCCCGGCUGUCGCAGUGCAGAGACGAGCUCCGGCAACUCAGCCACCGCCGCAGGAGACCGACGCAGUGUGGCUCCUUGUGGAAGGUGUGUGUGUUCUUCCUUCUUCUCCUCGCUGUGGCGGGGGUUGCCAUGUUGUGGCUGUGGCAUCCUCCUUUCAGGGAGCAAGUUGAAGACCUGUACUCAGACAUAGAAACACGUAUCGAAGACUAUCUCAUGGACAUGGCCUCUCCUCAACACUCGAGCUGUUUUAGACCGAUAUGAAAAUGUCACUGCUCAGGAACAUUAUUUUUUUGUAGUUUUUCUUGUUUUUGUUUUAAAAUAUGAUUUUUUUUCUAGGAUGUAGUUUGUUGAUAAUUUUGUAUUUAAUACAAUUUUAGACUUGAUACUCAAAGUGUGUGAAAGUGUUGUGCUGUGAUGUGUCGGAUGUUUGCACAAAGUUUAAAUACAAGUGAACACUUCCAGUGGGAAAAUGUUUGUUUCUAAUGUUUGCAACAAUGAAAACAUGUUAAAAUGACAAGUUGGUUGACAUUACUGACAUUUCAAGAAGCUGUUAGAAGAGUUAUUACGACCAACACAAUAGUCAGGAGUAGGACAAUAGGAAGUAUCCUUUGUACUGUAAACGUCUUGAGUUGAACAAACUCCCUUGAAUUAUUAAAAAGCUAUUAAAAUAAUUAAGACAAUUAUUUCCACUGUAGCUCUCAAUAAAAGAAAGAAGGGAGAGUAAGCACUCAACACAAGAGCAGGUAGAGUUUUACAUUAGAACAAAUAAAGAAAUAUGGACAUAACAAAUG